AUGAGCUCCAAUUUCGAGAUAUCUUGCGAUAUCCGAGUAAUUGUGGAUGCGACCAACGAAAAUACAGAAAUCAUUGCUAAGAUUAAGCCUUCACACAGUGUUAGUCGUCCGCUUGCUGUCCUCUACCGCAUCGAUAUUUGCUUAUCCAGCCACUACAACGCUCAACACCAGCUCGCUCAACAGCUGUACGCGGAAACGGAAAUAUAG